AUGCCCUCCAAUUUCAACCUACCAGGAGGAUCUCAAAAUCAAAGUGAAACCAUGACCCCAACGCAAAACCCCCUUUCCGAAAUAUCCCCGUCACCAUCUCCGUCAUCAGCCACAGCUCCAGCUCUAGUCCUAUCAAACUCCGGCAAACGGAUCGACCAAGCUGGAAAGAAGAAGUACGUGAAGCAAGUGACCGGUCGUCACAACGACACCGAACUUCACCUGGCGGCUCAGAGGGGUGAUGUUGGUGCUGUGAGACAGAUCCUUCUUGAUAUUGAUUCUCAGAUAAUGGGGAAUUUGAGUGGGGAUGAUGUUGAUCUUAAGGAUGAGAUUGCGGAGGUUCGUGCUUUGGUUGUUAAUGAGGAGAAUGAACUUGGUGAAACUGCUUUGUUUACUGCUGCUGAAAAGGGUCACCUUGAUGUUGUUAAGGAGUUGUUGAAGCAUUCCACUCUUCAAACUGUUGCUAAAAAGAAUCGAUCUGGGUUUGAUCCUUUGCAUAUUGCAGCUAGUCAAGGCCAUCAUGCGAUUGUUCAGGUUUUACUAGACUAUGACCCAAGCUUAAGCAAAACCAUUGGUCCAUCCAAUUCCACUCCGCUUAUAACAGCAGCGACGAGAGGGCACGUCGAAGUGGUGAAUGAACUUCUGUCGAAGGAUGGAAGCUUGCUGGAAAUAGCAAGAUCCAAUGGAAAAAAUGCAUUGCAUUUAGCUGCUCGUCCUGGUCAUAUAGAAAUCGUGAAAGCUUUGCUCAGUAAAGACCCUCAGUUGGCUCGAAGGACUGACAAGAAAGGGCAAACUGCUUUGCAUAUGGCUGUAAAAGGACAGAGCUGUGACGUGGUGAAGUUGCUUCUUGAAGCAGAUGCUGCUAUUGUUAUGCUUCCUGACAAAUUCGGUAACACCGCAUUACACGUGGCAACUAGGAAAAAACGAGUCGAGAUAGUGAAUGAGUUGUUACUCCUGCCAGACACCAACGUAAAUGCAUUAACGAGAGACCACAAAACAGCGCUAGACAUUGCUGAAAAUCUUCCUCUCUCUGAAGAGUCGUCAGAUAUAAAAGAUGUCCUUUCUCGGUACGGGGCACUUAGAGCUAACGAGCUCAACCAACCGAGGGACGAACUGAGGAAAACCGUUACACAAAUUAAGAAAGAUGUUCACACUCAGCUGGAACAAACCAAGAGAACGAACAAAAAUGUUCAUAAUAUUUCCAAAGAGCUAAGGAAACUCCACAGGGAAGGAAUUAACAAUGCCACAAACUCAGUGACAGUGGUGGCUGUGUUGUUUGCUACAGUUGCUUUUGCUGCUAUAUUCACCGUACCCGGCGGGGAUAACGAUGACGGCUCAGGAGUGGUAGCAGGUUAUUCUUCAUUUAAAAUAUUUUUCAUAUUCAACGCCAUAGCGCUUUUCACGUCUUUAGCUGUUGUGGUGGUUCAAAUCACCUUGGUUAGAGGUGAAACAAAAGCAGAGAAAAGGGUGGUAGAGGUGAUUAACAAGCUCAUGUGGUUGGCUUCUGUUUGUACCUCCGUGGCAUUUAUUGCCUCUUCGUACAUAGUCGUGGGUCGGAAAAACUGGUGGGCUGCAGCUCUGGUUACGGUAGUUGGAGGAGUUAUAAUAUCCGGCGUUCUCGGCACUAUGACUUACUAUGUAGUGAGGUCUAAGAGAACAAGAUCAAUGAGGAAGAAAGAGAAGCAACAAGCUAGGAGAAGUGGAUCUAACUCAUGGCAUCAUUCUGAAUUCUCUAAUUCUGAGGUUGAUCGAAUUUACGCACUUUGA